AUGGAGGUAGACCCGGUUGAGCCUGCCGAGGUAGCUGUCGACUCGCGUCCUGCUGGAGGUGCUGAGCCUGAGCGUGCGGAGCCUGAGCGUGCGGAGCCUGAGCGGGUGGAGCCUGGGGGUGCUGAGUCUGGGGGUGCUGAGCCUGGGGGUGCUGAGUCUGGGGGUCCUGAGCCUGGGGGUGCUGAGUCUGGGGGUGCUGAGCCUGGGGGUGCUGGGUCUGGGGGUACUGAGCCUGGCGUUGCUGAGUCUGGGGGUGCUGAGCCUGGUGGUGUUGCAGUUGACUGUGAGGCGCCUGGAGGACCUCCCUCUUCGCAGCAGCUACGUGAGUGGUACUCACGGUACUGCAGCCUCCGGCAGGGUACGUCUCGGGCUCGUGGUGCUACUGGAGUUGGUACUCGUGUUUCCCCACCACGGCGGGAGCCGCCCUCUUCUCCACAGCUUCGAGAGUGGUACGCUCGGCACAUCAGUCUCCGGAGUGGAGCUGCUGGUGCUGGGGUCCCCGGAGUUGACGCUGCUGCGGGUGCUGCGGACCCUGGUGCUGGAGGUGCUACUGCUGCUGGCGGUGCUGCUAGAGGUGCUGCUCGUACUGAGGACCCGGGCGUUGGAGCUGCUGUGGGUGCUGCGGACCCUGCUGCUGGAGGUACUGCUGCUGCUGGAGGUGCUGCUGGUGCUGCUGGAGGUGCUGCUGCUGCCGCUGGAGUGGGGGACCCGGAGGGUGGAGCUUCUGCUGGUGCUGAGGACCCUGCCGCUGGUGUCUCUACUGGUUCGGGAGUUGCUGCACGGCCACGGCCGUACUUCGUUCCGCUCCUUCAGCAGGUUCUUGGUCAGACUCCUCCUCCUUGUCCUCCUCUCGCCUUAGAGUGUCCGCCGUCUGUCCAGUCACAGCCACAGUUACCGCCUGCCUCCCCACUCCCUGUGCCUACUCCUUACACUGGUCCGACUGGAGGUCUUGCUGAGAGACGUGAGCCUGCGUCACGUCCUGUGUCACCUGCGUCUCGUCGAGCGUCGCCUGGUCGUGCUACUACCACUUGUAGUCGUGUCCAGCGUCAGCGUCCUCCUGCUGUCCCAGGCACUCACCAGAUGGCGCUUCGUCAGUCCACUGCUCCACAGCGUGUCGCUCUCCCGUCGCCUCCUGCGUCCUCUCUUCCUGCUCUUGCUGACCCGGAGUCAGACACCCUUCGCGCAGCCAGUCCUACUGUCACACGUCUCCUGGCUACAGUUGUCACUGACCCUUCCUUUGAGUCCGCUGCUGCGUCUGCCUUAGUCACUGAGCUUGUCGACUUUGCAACUGUGUGUCGUCUAGACUACGCUGCGAGUCUUGUUGCUGAGUCUGAGUCUGUCUGUCCUCCGUCCGUCGGGGGUGAGUGUGCUCUUGGCACGGACGUCCGUAAGGACAGACAAGAGGAGUUUAGUUGCCUUGCCGCUGCUUUGCCCCAUCUUGUGUCCAUGCUUGUUGCCCCUGAGGGAGACCCGGAUGCACCAGACAUCCCGACCCCACGCUCUUACGCAGAGGCGAUGGCCGGUCCCUACUCCUCUCAGUGGCAGUCAGCCAUGGACACAGAGAUGGCUUCCUGGAAGUCCACUGGCACCUACGUCGACGAGGUUCCCCCACCUGGGGCGAACAUCGUCAGUGGCAUGUGGAUUUUCAGGGUGAAGCGGCCGCCGGGCUCUCCGCCUGUCUUCAAGGCGCGUUACGUUGCACGAGGCUUCAGUCAGCGAGAGGGAGUUGACUUCUUCCAGACCUUCUCCCCGACCCCGAAGAUGACCACUCUUCGGGUUCUGCUACACGUCGCCGCUCAGCGUGACUACGAGCUCCACUCUCUUGACUUCAGCACAGCUUUCUUGCAGGGCAGCCUGCACGAGGAGAUCUGGCUGCGCCGCCCACCUGGCUUCACUGGGUCGUUUCCUCCUGGUACCCAGUGGAGCCUCAGGCGACCAGUCUACGGUCUCCGCCAGGCGCCACGUGAGUGGCACGACACACUGAGGACUACACUUGCGGCUCUUGGGUUCGCUCCUUCUACUGCUGACCCGUCGCUGUUUCUACGCACCGACACCUCACUGCCGCCGUUCUACAUCCUCGUGUACGUCGACGACUUGGUCUUUGCCACUUCUGACACAGCUGGUCUCGCUCACGUGAAGUCCGAACUGCAGAAGAGACACACAUGCAUAGACCUGGGUGAACUGACAAGCUAUCUUGGCUUGCGGAUCACCCGGGACAGAGCACGGCGCACCAUCACCUUGACUCAGUCACACAUGGUGCAGCAGGUCCUUCAGCGCUUCGGCUUCACGUACUCCUCGCCUCAGUCCACUCCUCUGCCUACGGGACACUCGCUCCUAGCUCUGCCUUCGGAUGAGUCCGUAGAGCCGAGUGGUCCGUAUCCAGAGCUUGUGGGCUGCCUCAUGUACCUGAUAACCUGCACUCGACCUGACCUUGCAUACCCUCUCAGCAUCUUAGCACGCUAUGUCGCUUUUGGCCGUCACCGGAAGGAGCACAUGGAUGCAGCUAAGAGGGUGUUGCGCUACUUGUGCAGUACGUCGGGCAUGGGGCUAGUGCUUGGAGGGCGAGACCGGCCUGUUCUCACUGGGCACUCAGACGCUUCUUGGGCAGACGACCAGGCUACUCAGCGGUCGUCUCAGGGUUACACCUUCAGUCUUGGCUCUGGCUCUGUCUCUUGGCGUUCUACUCGUUCCUCUUCUGUUCUCGGCUCCAGCUGUGAGGCUGAGAUCUACGCCACGGCCAUGGCUGCCCAGGAGCUUCGCUGGCUCACCUACCUUCUGACUGACCUUGGAGAGCAGCCUCGUUCUCCUCCAGUGCUGUACGUCGACAACAAGGCAACCAUAGCCUUGUGUCAGGAGCACAGACUGGAGCACAGGACGAAGCACAUUGCUCUGCGUUACUUUCUAGCUCGAGAGCUACAGCAGCGUGGUCAGCUUCUUCUGCGUUACGUGGCCACUGAGGCCAGCACUGCUGAUGUGUUCACCAAGGCGCUUCCGCCUGUUGACCAUCAGCGUUUUUGCACUCUUCUAGGCCUUGUGCCGACUGUUCCUCACUUGCUUACUUCUUGA